AUGGAGGAGCCGCCGCCCGAGCAGCCCCCGGCGGGCGGGGAGGCCGCGGCUGCGGCCGGCCCCGAGUGGAACAUCCCGCCCAACGCGCCCGCCUGCAUGGAGCGGCACCUGGAGGGCGCGCACUACCGCGCAGACGGGGCCCUGCUGCUGGGCGCCUCGGGGCUGAGCGGGCGCUGCUGGGCCGGCUCCCUCUGGGUCUUCGCCGACCCCCGCCGCGCCCCCAGCGAGGGCUUCUGCACCGCCGGCGUACAGACCGAGGCGGGCGUCGCCAACCUGUGCUGGGUGGCUGACAGGGGCAUCCUGGUGGCCUCCGACUCCGGUGCCGUGGAGCUGUGGGAGCUGGACGAGAAUGAAACUCUCAUCGUCAACAAGUUCUGUAAAUACGAGCACGAUGACAUCGUGAUGACGGUGGCCAUCCUGGCCAGCAGCACCCAGGCUGUCAGCGGCGGCAGGGACUUCUGCGUGAAGGUCUGGGACCUCCCACAGCAAACGGUGCUGCACUCCUACAGAGCUCACUCCGGUUCAGUGACAUGUGUGGCUUCCUGUCCUGGUAAGGACACUGUGUUCCUGUCCUGUGCUGAGGACAGCAGAACUUUACUCUGGGACACCAGAUGCCCCAAACCAGCUACUCGAAUUGUUUGCAGUGCCUGUAAUCACCUCCCUACCUCAGUCAUGUGGCAUCCACAGAAAAGUGACAUCUUUGCUUUGGGUGAUGAAAAUGGAACAGUUGCACUAGUAGACACAAAGAAUCCUGAUUCUGCCCUCAGCUCCACUGUGCAUGCCCGAAGUAUCACGGGGUUUGCAUUUUCUACACAUAGUUCACCCUUACUGGCUUCCAUCAGUGAAGACUGUUCUGUAGCUGUUCUUGACUCAGACCUCUCAGAGGUGUUCAGAAACCGUUCUCAUCGAGACUUUGUAAAAGGCUUAUCGUGGUCUCCUUCAGACAAUGCCUUGCUCACUACAGUUGGAUGGGAUCAUCAGGUUUUACAUCACGCUGUCCCCAUACCAACUGGUGAAGCUUCUGGAGUCAACUGUGUGAAAGAAUAGUUUUAUAAACUCAUGGUCCAAAUUC